AUGGAAAAUUUAAAUAAUGAUAAUAUAAAUGUAAAUACUGAUAUUUCAAAUAAAAAUGAUGGUGAAGAGAAAUGUGAUGAAUUAAAAAAUAAUGAUGAAAAUAUUUCUCAACAAGGAGAAGAAUCUUCAUACAUGAGUGAAUUAAAAAAGAAAAGUCUUUUGGCCGAGCAUAUAGCUAAGGAAGCAAAGAAGAAAGCAUCAGUAAUUAUCAUGAAAAAUGAAAGGCUUCAAAAAGUAUAUAAAGGUAGAGGGGUUAAUGACAAUAUAAACUCUUUUGAGAAUACGGAACAAAAUGUCGAGGGAAACGAAAUAAAAACACCUAUAAUACAAGGUGAAACGGAUAACAACGAUCAAGAAAAUUCAACACAAAAUGAACCCAAAAAGAAAUUCUUAAUAGGAGCUAAACCAAUUUUACCAACAUGUAAUGACGAGCUGCUGGAAAAACUCAAACAAAGAAGAGUAUAA